UUCUCAAUUCUAAGAACAGAAUUGAAGAGUUUUGGGUUGUAAUAACAGGUGUUACCUUGUUGAUUAAAGUGCCAUACUUUGGCUACGUAGUUAAACUGAGAGGCUGCAUAAUGUUCUGGUUAAGGAGUGCACCUGUUAGCAGAAUGUAUAGCUACCAAGUUUCUUCGUACUUAAGUAGAAUGCUUGGAUGUCUUCCUGCAUCAAGUCUCUCCCCGGGGGAAAACAGGCAGCUCACAGUCUUAAGCCAACAUGAAGCAAACAUUACAAGGGCCUUUCCUAGUAUCACUUUCCAAUGCCAAGUGCGAUAUUAUGCCAAGGGCAAAGACAAAAAGGGAAAAGGAAAACAAAGCAAGGUUCAUGUUUCAGAUGAAGAAAUGACAGAAGUGGUUAAUGUAUCUCAGCUAAGAGAACAGUUUGCCAACAUAAUAGAAAAGCUGAAAGAAGAGUACAUAAAGAAUCUCACUCUGAGGACUGCCAUUGGUGGUAUCGAAACUCUUCCAGUUGAAUUAGAAGGAGAUAAAUACCCACUGAACGAAGUUGCCCAGGUUUCUCGCAAAUCUCCACAGAUGCUGAUUAUUAAUGCAGCAGCUUUUCCACAGGCAACUGUUGGAAUAAUCAAAGCAAUCAGGGAGUCAGGAAUGAACCUUAAUCCACAACAAGAGGGAACUACAAUUUAUGUUCCUGUACCAAAAGUGACCAAAGAGCACAGAGAGAAUCUGGCUAAAAGUGCCAAAACUUUAUGUAAUCGAUGUAAAGACCAGUUGAGAGACACACAAAAUAAUUUUAUUCGAAAAGUCCGAAAUAAAGAAGGCCAGGUUUCCGAAGACCUUAUUUAUAAUGUCCAGUUAAAGAUUCGAGAAAUAGCUGAUGAUCACAUGCAAGAUGCAGAAAAGCUUAUGGCAGCAAAGCAGAAAGAGUUAUUGAAGACAAGUUCAUAGUGUAAGGAGACAUUUAAUUUUUUCUUUUGCAUACAGCAUGAUUAUAAUAUAUACAAAGAAUUGUUAAAAUGUAGGAUUUUUUCUGUAAAAAUUGACAGUUCAUGUUUUGGACACAUUGAGUAAUAUCAUUUCGACCCUCCUACAAAGAUUAUCAGAUUUGAAAAAUUAUAGGCAUUUGGUGUAAGACUUUUAAUAAAACUUACCUUAAAAGGUUGAAUUGUA